GUAUAUCACGUUGAUAUCUUUAAAGGAGCAGUGUGUAAGUUUUAGCGACAUCUAGCAGUGAGAUUGUGAAUUGCGGCUCAGUCCACCGUUCAUCAAAAUGCAUAGAGAAGCUAUGAUAGCCGCCACUGGACAAACAUGUUGUCAGCUAAGACAAAAACAGUAGUCACAAAACGUGCUCUGUAGAGCUUUUUACUGUAGAAACACGGCAGCACAAAAUGGUGACUUCCAUGUAAGGAGACCUGCGCCUAUGUAGAUAAAAACGUCUCUUUCAAGGGUAAUAAACCCAUAACAGUUCAGUCUUUAUACACCACUGAUAAUAUAUUUAUGUAUAUUAUAUUGCAUUUCUGUCAAAAGAUCCUUCUUAAAGUUACACACUGCACCUUUAAUUCUGACUAAGGUCAUGUCAAAGAUUGAAAUCAAUAUAAAAUCAAUCUUUGAAAUCAAACUUUGAUGCUACUUAUAAGACUUUAGUCUGGAUUUCAAGUUGACAUGCUUAUCAUGAAUCUCUCUGCUCAGUGUGAAGCUUUCACAGAUCACACCUGUAGGUAAAUUUGCAAGUCCUGUCACACUUUAUAGCAGGUGAAAGCACUUUAUAGCUUUAUAGAUCUGUGCAUACGAGCAGCAAUGGCACUACAGUCUCUCUUUAAUUAUAGCACCGUUAAAUAUAUGGUCGCCAAAAAUAGGAAAAUUGGAGUUUUAUAUCGAAUAUUUCAGCUCACUGUCAUUGGAUAUCUAAUCGGGUGGGUGUUUGUGAUAAAGAAAGGAUAUCAGGCUAUAGAUGAAACGGUUGAUAGCUCUGUAGUUACAAAAGUUAAAGGGGUUGCACUCACAAACACAACAGGUACAGGUGUACACCUGUGGGGACCAGAGGACUAUGUUAUACCACAACAGGGUGAGCGUGUCCUUUUCAUAACAACCAAUUUUAUAGAGACCCCGAACCAAAAAUUAGGCACCUGUUCUGAGAGCUCUAAAGUUUUGGAUGCUAUUUGCACUAAGAAUGAAGAUUGCACACAGGGAGAGGCUUUUCAGAUCGGCAAUGGGAUACAGACUGGCGUAUGUUUGAAAAACAGCAGAAAUCCUACUGGCACUUGUGAAAUAUAUGGCUGGUGUCCCAUUGAAAACAGCCAACGGCCUGAGGUUCCAUUGCUGACUAAAGCUGAAAAUUUCACCUUGUACAUAAAGAACUUCAUCAGAUUUUCCAAGUUUAACUUCUCAAAAUCAAAUGUUUUAGAGACACAUAAUGAAACCUACCUAAAGACCUGCUUGUAUGACAAGAUUCAUCAUCCAUACUGUCCUAUAUUUCGGUUGGGCGAUGUUGUGCACAAAGCUGGACACAAUUUUCAGGAUAUGGCUGUGCUGGGUGGUUCAAUUGGGAUUCUUAUUGAAUGGCGCUGUGAUCUUGAUAAAGGAUACUCGAAGUGUCAUCCACAAUACAGCUUUACAAGUAUGGAAACCGGCACAACAACCAGCUCGGUCGCGGCCGGAUAUAACUUCAGAUAUGCUCGCUAUUUUAAAAAUGCUGAUGGAGAGGUCCACAGGACUUUAUAUAAAGUGUAUGGAAUUCAUAUCGACAUCAUUGUUUAUGGAACGGCAGGAAUGUUCAAUAUCAUUCCCACUGUUAUCAACAUAGGCUCAGGUCUUGCUUUAAUGGGUGCUGGCAUGACAAUCUGUGACAUUUUACUACUGUACUUAAUGAAAGAGAGCACACUGUACAGGGAGAAGAAAUUUGAGACAGUAAGCAGGAAAGACAUCAGAUCAGAGAAACAGAAACAGGAAAAGCCAUCACAGCAGGACAUGCUUAUGUCUCCUAUAACAACUGAUUAAUAGAUAUAGUGAUGGAAUAAAGAAAUGCCACAAACACAACACUGAUGUAAUUCUUUCUUUUUUAUUAGUAGCAUUCCAGUAAGUGCUGUAAGACUUUUUAAUAAGCAUUUUCUUUUUGUUUACAAGUUGUGAAACAAUAAACGACUAACAAAAAAUGAGAUGAUCUGUACUCCUAAUUUCUGUGGAUAUUAUUAAUGUUUAACACAGGAAUGUUAAUUCAGAAUUUGUGACCCUGAAUGUAAAAACCAGCUAUAAAGUCAUAUGGGCUUCAGAACCAUUAUAUGUGGAUAAGAUAAGACCCACCCACUUUUUAAGACCAAUGAUACUGGACCCACUCACUUUUUCUCUCAUUUAGGGCCCAUGUCUGUGUGCUUGUCAGAGGGCUGUCAGUCAAAUCCAUUCCA